UUCUUCAGUGGUGUCGACACAAAACCUCCUGCUUGGGGUGUUGCAAGUGCCGUAAAACUCUUACGAAAACUAAAGGAGAAUGUGUCAAGAACGGGAUAUAAUAUAGCUGUAGAUCUAUUGGUGCGCAGAGGUCAACGUGACAUCACAUUGAAAGAGGAAACCUCUCCAUUGACUUUUUCUGUUCCUGCUUGUCUCUGCACCCACAAAGUCUGCACCAGGAGAAUAUAAAAAUAGACAAAACGGAACCAUUCUAAGGGCAAUUAAUGCUCGAAAUAAAGAAAUUGUUGUUUUUUCCCCCCGGCAAACAAACUGCCACAGACCAGACCUCCUGGAGCGGGGAUCUGAUGCGUUCACUUGCAUUUUUACCUGCUACGUUUUGGCGGCAAGAAAAUUGGGACAUUAUUUCUGUCUGUUUCGUCAAAGAAGGUGGAAGGAAAGAUUGACAUUAUUUCUAUCUUUUUCAUCAAAGAAGGUGGAAGGAAGGAUUGACAUUAUUUCUAUCUUUUUCAUCAAAGAAGGUGGAAGGAAGGAUUGACAUUUCUGUCUGUUUCGUCAAAGAAGGUGGAAGGAAAGAUUGGCAUUUCUGUCUGUUUCAUCAAAGAAGGUGGAAGGAAAGAUUGACAUUUCUGUCUGUUUCAUCAAAGAAGGUGGAAGGAAAGAUUGACAUUAUAUUAUCUGUUUCGUCAAAGAAGGGAGAAGGAAAUAUUGACAUUUCUGUCUGUUUCGUCAAAGAAGGUGGAAGGAAAGAUUGACAUUUUCGUCAAAGUAGGCAGACGGAAAGAUUGACAUUUCUGUCUGUCUCGUCAAAGAAGGUGGAAGGGGAGAUUUGAGAGUCACAAGUGAGUGACAGAGCAGAGGUCUGAGCACGCUGCCCGCUAUCUUCCUGUGACCACCUGUGAGUGUCCAGGCCAGACAUGACAAUGUGGGGGCGGGCAGACAGCGAGUACCAGUGUACCCUCACACCAGGCACUCUGGCUAAGGCGGGAAGGGAGCUGCGGGAAGACCCAGACACCAGACUGCUGGAGGUCAAGACCCUGAGGAAGCGAGUGGAGAAGAUUCCAGGCAGGUGGGAGCCGGGACGGUACCCUGUGGAUGACGUAAUCAAGCUGGUCUACCUGAUCCUUAUGCAGGUGUCAAAGGAGGCUAUCCCCAUCCGCCUGAAGAGAGUUGAUUUCACCGACGAGCCUGGGUACUUCGCCGCUUUUUUCGCGCUGAUCAAACAGUUCAUGAAGGACAAACUGUUGAAGAGGAUCACCAUGCACGGGGACAAACUGAACAAACUACAUGACGUCAUCAGUCCAGAUUUUUUACCCACAGAUUUAGGCGGGAAACUCCCGCUGUGUAGCAACAAGUGGCUACGUCAACAUGGCGCUCAACUCGGAGCAGACGACCAGCCGCAGCGGGGAUGCCGGGAUAGAAGGACUCGGGGGAACCUUCCGGAAACUGGAUGUUUGAUCAUACCCCCCUCCUCCCCUACCCCCAUUCCGGUCCUAAUCUUUUUAAAGUUUUAGUAGAGGUUUUACAGAAAUCGCAACUGCAUAAGGUCAUUUUAAUUU